AUGGACGGCAGAAGCGAGCCACCUGCGAAGAGACGACGCAUCAGUGGCGAUGAUGACGAAAUGGAAGUGCUUGCAGCUGCAGCAGACGUCCUGAAGAAGCCAAAUUCUAUCAGCAAGAGAUUCCAGUCGCCCGCUGUCAGGAAGCCGUUAGAAGUCGUAAAAAACCCUUCUAGCUCCUCUCAGAGCAGCAACACAAACAGCACCAAUAACGCAUACUUCACCGUGCUAUGGCGCAAGUUUACGACCAAGAAGAACAAGACCUGGGAUGGCGAUGGUGUGCUCUCCGUUGUUGGCGGCAUGGCCAACUUGCAGAAUAUCUCGGGCAGAGAAAUGGGCCGUAUUCCAUGCAAAGGCCCACUCAUGGUUGGAUCUGAGCUGAAAGUUGGAGGCAAAGACGUUGAGAUCGAGUCUAUGAUCACGAAAGAAGAUUUCCUUGCUGGUCGACCAUUCCUAGGUAGCACCAAGAAGCCAGAGCCUGCCCAGCCACUGAAAGCAAUCGACAAAGUGAGCAAAGGGAGCCGCAAGGCGCAGACUAAGCACGACAAGAUGGCUUCGACACAGAAAGACAUAUUGCGAUCAGCCCUUCCUACGUCCCAGGCUAGUAAGUCUAGCUUCAAAGCACCACUACUCGCCGACACCGUGCAGAAGCAACAGAAGGAUGCUCCGCUUCCAGUGCCACGCCAUGACCCCAAUAGUGAGAAUGCUCUCGUCAUGAAACGACCCAAGUCAGUGCCGAAUGGAAGACAAAUCGUGGACGUUGUCGUCGAUCCCAUACUGAGCGCAAAGCUGCGGCCACACCAACGUGCAGGCGUGGCGUUCUUGUACGAGUGUGUCAUGGGUAUGAAAGAUUAUGAUGGAGAGGGCGCCGUGCUAGCGGAUGAAAUGGGACUUGGCAAAACACUACAGACUAUCGCUCUGCUGUGGACAUUGCUGAAGCAAAACCCGAUCUACAAAGAUGCACCAGUCGUCAAGAAGGCCUUGAUCGUCUGCCCUGUCACUCUGAUCAACAACUGGCGUCGCGAGUUCCACAAGUGGCUCGGCAAGGACACCCUCGGUAUCUUUGUUGCAGACACGGACAAGAAGCUCAAGCUGUCGCACUUCACGAUGGGCAAGACGUACAGUGUGAUGAUAAUCGGGUACGAGAAGCUACGAAUGGUACAGGAGGAUCUGAAGAAGGGUGGUGGGAUCGACAUCGUGAUUGCCGACGAAGGUCAUCGCCUGAAGACAGCACAGAAUAAGUCCGCUGCCGCGAUAAGGGCUCUGAACACUGAGCGCCGUGUCAUUCUUAGUGGUACUCCGAUCCAGAACGAUCUGGCUGAGUUCUACACUAUGGUCGACUUCGUCAAUCCUGGGCUGCUCAACAAAUAUUCGGUGUUUAAGAAGGAGUUCGAGACGCCGAUACUGAAGAGUCGCCAGCCUGGUGCAAGUGCAAAGGAGCUCGAGAAGGGCGAAGGUCGGAGCGCGGAGCUUGCCAACAUCACAGGCAUGUUCAUCCUCAGGCGGACUUCUGAGAUACUGGCCAAAUAUCUGCCAGCGAAGACCGAGUAUGUUGUUCUAUGUCGGCCGACAAAGGCUCAGACAUCAGUGUAUCGAGCCAUCAUCGAGUCGCCUACUUUCAGCGCUGCCCUUGGGUCCACUUCCAUCACGCUGGAACUCAUCAACGUCCUUAAAAAGGUCUGUAAUAGUCCAACCCUGCUGUUGAAGAAGGAUAGCAAAGGCGAAGAUAUUACGAAGCCGGAAUUGCUGGAGUGCAUACCACAAAAGUUGCUCAAAACCCCUGGCGCGAGCGGAAAGCUACAGGUGCUUGAUUCGCUACUACAUCGUAUCCGUACCGACACGGAGGAGAAAGUUGUGAUUGUCAGCAACUACACUUCGACCAUGGACAUCUUAGCAAAUCUGUUGGGCUCCUUGUCCUACACUUACCUCCGUCUAGAUGGCUCUACACCGCCUGCCAAACGCCAAGCUCUGGUCGAUCGCUUUAAUAGAUCGUCUGCAAGCGAUGCUUUCGUGUUCUUACUGUCUGCGAAAGCUGGAGGUGUCGGCUUGAACCUCAUCGGCGCGUCACGACUAGUGCUCUUCGACAUCGACUGGAACCCUGCGACUGAUCUUCAAGCCAUGGCACGUGUGCACAGAGAUGGCCAGAAAAGUCCCUGCUUUAUCUACCGUAUGCUUACGCAAGGUGCACUUGACGAGAAGAUCUUCCAGCGGCAAGUCAGCAAGACUGGUCUCGCAGACAGCAUUGUGGAUGGCAAGGCUAACACGAACGGCUUCACACGCGAAGAGCUGAAAGAUCUCUUCACGUUGGACGAAGACUAUGAUGGAUGUCAGACCCACAAGCUACUCGGCUGUCCUUGUGGUGGCAUCGGCUCAAUCUCGCGCGCAGAAGACAACGUUCUAGAGCGCAACGACCUUGCAGUCCUUGACCAUAAUAACGAUACGUCGCAAAACGUAGCGGAGCCUGAGCUGGAAGUCAUAUGCAUGGACCAGGAUUCGGACGACGAGCCCGUCACGCGAAGAAAAGCUAGGUGGCGCACUGGGAAUCAAGUCGACUGGAAAGCCGAUGAGACUGAUGAACGGCGCAUGGCAAAGAAGCACACUGAUGCUGCUGGUAAGACCAAGAUGCUUAGCUUAAUGCAGUAUGCGCACUUCGACACGAGCCGGGCUGCGCCGCAAGCUGCAGGUGGCGAAACAGUAGCAGCUGUUGGGAACGAUGGUGUAGAGGAUAUGGAGGAAACGUUUGACCUCGAUUUGCUUGAGAAUGCUAUUGAGGACGAUACUUUAAGAAGUGUCAUUCGUGAAGAUGGACAUCGCGUCGGCUUCGUCUUCACGAAGACGAGUGCUUGA